CUUGCGACUCUUCUGCAGAUUUUGAUCAGACAGAAGGAGUCUCUCGCCUUCAGCGCUCAUCCGCACCACCACCACCAUCAUCAUCAUCAUCAACCAUCUUCCCCAUGAUCACGUCUCGUUCCUCUCUGUGAGCUUUCAAGAACUACACCACGCAUAGCCAUUCAAAGUUGCAUCACUUGAUCAAAAGCGGAGCGUGCCACUUCUGACUCUUUUGCAAAGAUGUCAUACCCUUCCCUCCUCGAGAGGGUAAAGCUUACGGGUGUGCCAUCAAGCAGCACCCUCCUCUCUCCCUUGCUAGGCGAGCAGCUUGCCAACUCUCACCUCAUCCACAUCCUCAGCUGGGUCUUCAUCAGUCUCCUCUCUCUCACACUCAUCCUUCGCUUUGUGCCGGGUAUCAAAACGGCCCUCUCAUUCGCUUACCACUGCUUCUUGGCACCCAUCGGCAAGAGCACCAAUCAGAGCGAGAGGCUGGAUCGUUUUUACGAAGGUCAAGCUGGCGUGUACGAUGCCACGCGCAGCGGCUUGCUCCGCGGCAGGCGCACUAUGCUCAAAUUGUGCGCUGCCCAGCUUCGUGAGAUGCAACGUACCAACCCUGGGAAACCCCUGGUGUGGGUCGACGUUGGCGGUGGUACAGGAUGGAACAUCGAGGAGAUGUCAAAAUACUUUCCUCUUCACGAAUUAUCCCAGAUUUACCUCAUCGACCUCUGCGCCCCGCUGCUCGAAGUCGCCAAGAAGCGCUUCGCUGCAAUGGACUUGAAGAAUGUGCAGGUGCUUUGCCAAGACGCUCGUGAUUUCCAAUUGCCUGGCUUGGCACCUGAACAGAAGGUGGACCUCUUUACCUGCUCCUACAGUAUCUCGAUGAUCCCUCCAUUUUACGCCGUCAUGGACCGCAUCAACGACAUGCUCGACCCCGAGACUGGUAUCUACGGCGUUGUAGACUUUUACGUCUCUGGUAGAAGCGCGCCAUCUGCGGACAAGAGUGCCAUCAUCGGAGGCGAUACGAGCAGACAGUGCGGCUGGCUCAGUCGUCUUUUCUGGUCUCACUGGUUCGAACUCGAUCACGUCGAGCUUCACCCUGCCAGACGCGACUACCUGGAGUACAAAUUCGGAACGAUCAAGUGCUUCAAUGGCCGCAACAACUUUAUCGUGCCUUUCAUCGUGCGAAUCCCUUACUACAUCUGGAUUGGAUGCUCUCGCGCUCGUGACACUACUGCUGCUAUCCAGGCGUUUGAAGUAGAGGCCGGAAACCGCGUUAUCGUGCCACCUUCAUUCCCUGAGCUCAGCUUCAGCCACUUCCUCGAAGGCGCCCGCUCUCAGCUCUCGGAGAAAGGUAGCGCCAGCAGCAUCGACACGGCCUUUGCUUCCGCUCACAAUGGCCGCGAAAAGUCUGGGCUUGUCGUGAGCCGCCGCCGAGGCUCGGAUGGCAACGCCAGUGACUCUUCCGGAAACGUUCGCCUUGACCUCGGACCUCAGAUUCCUCUCAGCUCUUUCCACUACCAACGCAGGCAAUGGAGAUUGCCCUUUGUCGACAACGAGUUCGCUUCUCAAUUCCGCACCUGGAUUUACGGCUUCGCGUGGGAAGACCCUUAUGUCGAUAUGAAGCACUUUGACAUUGGCGCCAACGACUCUGUGCUCUGCAUCACGUCCGCUGGGUGCAACGCUCUUCACUACGCUGUCGCAGGCGAGCCAAAGCGCAUCCACUGCAUCGACAUGAAUCCCUGCCAAGGUCAUAUCUUGGAGCUCAAGCUGGCGUGCAUUGCCGCUCUGGAGUACGAGGAGUUUUGGGCGCUCUUUGGAGAAGGAAAGCACGCAGACUUCCGCAACCUGCUCGACACCAAGAUCUCUCCUUUCCUCAGCUCUCACGCUUACCAAUUCUGGCGUCUAAACACCGAAGCGUUCAAGAGCAACUUCUACUUCCGAGGAUACUCUGGACACGCUUUGAGACUUGCCAAGGCCGCCUUCUCUUUGGGACGUGUCAAUCGCGAUGUCAAGGCUGCUUGCGAGGCCGAGACGAUUGAAGAGCAGGUCAAGAUUUGGGAGCGACGUAUGAGGGGCAGGAUCAUCAACAAACCCCUCAUCAGGUGGUUCUUGUCCAACCCUGCCUUUUUAUGGAACGCACUGGGCGUGCCCAUCAACCAGAUGAACUGUUUCGUGAACGAAGGCGUCUCUACCGAGCAGUACGCUAUCGACACUUUGGAUCCUAUUCCUCACAGGAGCUUGUUCAAGAACGAAAACUACCACUAUAGGUUGUGCCUGAUGGGCAACUACACCAAGCAGAGCUGCCCGUUGUACCUCAAGCCAGAGGCCUUCAAGAAGCUCAAAGAAGACGCUUGUAGGAGGUUGGAUGCAUUUAGAUUGCACACUGACUCUAUUGUCAAUGUGCUUCGCGGCCUGGAAGAUGCAAGCCUGACGCGGGCCAUCACCAUGGACCACAUGGACUGGUACGACCCGGUCAAGCCGGGUACGGCUUUCCCUAGCGUCAAGGCUGCCAGGAGGGAUGCGGACAAGAGCAUCAGUGAUCUGGACAGGGAGAUCGCCGAGCUCGCCAGGUGCGUGGCGCAGGGAGGAAGCGUGUACUACAGAUCAGCGGCAAAGCAUCCUUGGUACAAUGAGAGGUUCGACAGGGCUGGAUUCAAGACUAGCCCGGUGCACAUCAGGGAGACUGGCAAGAGCAUCGAUCAGGUCAACAUGUACGCCAGCUGCUGGAGAGCCGAGCGCAUCUAGGCUUGCUAGGGUCUCUCUCGUUUCACUCCUCGCAGGCAUCAGACCCGUUUGUUGGGGGGUGAUCGACUCCUCUUCUCCCUUCCCCUUCACUCUCACCCUCGUUCGUGCAUUAUGCUCGAUCUAAAACGUCCCGGACUUGACCCACAUCGGUCGCAUUCGCGCCCAGACAUCCUAAUCAGUUGGGCGCCGACCCAUGCAAGAAAGUAUAUAUAAAAAGAAACAGUCACGCGAUAUCUUCUCUGCCA